AUGGAACAACAACUAGGGCAAGUUUUGUCCCAAAUGAUGGAAACGAUGCGAGGAAUGCAAUUACAGCAAGUACAAUUACAACAAGCCUUACAAACCAGUGAUAAAACGGUUAGUGGUAUCACAUUACAACCUUAUGAUGAAAACAAUGAAUCAUUUUCGACUUAUUUACAAAGACUUCAAAAUUAUAUUUCCUUGAAAGGUGUCACAAGUGCUACAAUUAAAGUGCAAAUUUUUCUCAAUUGUAUUGGCCCUAAAUACUACCAAGUACUGAAAAACAUCACAGCGCCUGAGUGUCUAGAAUCAAAAAGCUAUGAUGACCUUGUAGAACUACUAAGGAAUCAUAUUGCCCCAGAACCCGGUGAAGUUGCUCAACAACACAAAUUCUGUCUACGGCAACAGCAUGAGUGUGAAAGCAUUGCUAACUACGUAGCUGGAUUAAAAGAAAUAGGCGGAAAAUGUAACUUUAUAUGUAAUAAUUGUAAAAAUAGUACUUUUGAAACUCAUCUGCGAGUACAGUUCAUACGAGGGCUGCGUAACUCUGAAAUUAAAGAAAGAUUAUUACAAGAAUCUUCUUCUACAAAAUUUGAUGAUUUAAUUAGGAUUGCAAUGGCGAUUGAGACUUCCAAAGUAGAAACAAAAGAAAUGUUCAUAGGAAGAAUCUUUGUUAUUGAUAGAAAAGUUGAUCCUGUAUUGGGAAGAGAAUGGAUUAGGAAAUUAAACUUACAAUUUGACAUAAAUUCACUACAAAAAGAAGAAAAUGAUAUUACAGAAAAAGAGUUUACUGAGAAAUUGAAAAAAAUUAUACAAGAAUACAAAGAACUAUUUUCUGAAGAAAUAGGAGAAAUUAAAGAUUAUCAAGCAGUAUUUAAAUUGAAAGAAGGUGCAGUUCCAGUCUUUUUAAAACCACGUCCAGUACCAUUCGCUUUGAAGGAUCAGGUGGAAGCAGAAAUAGACAGAUUAGAAAAGGAAGGAAUAUUAGAAAAAGUCACAUACUCACAGUGGGGAACACCAAUUGUUCCUGUCUUGAAGCAAAAUGGAAAAAUGCGCUUAUGUGCGGACUAUCGCGCUACAUUAAACAAAAAUCUGGAAAAUGACAACUACCCUAUACCUCGUGUUGAAGAAAUAUUUUCAAAGUUAAGUGGAGGAAAAUAUUUUUGCACACUGGAUAUUAAUCAAGCUUAUUUGCAUAUGAAGACUAAUGAAGAUACAGCAGAAAUGCAAGCUAUUAGUACAUGCAAGGGUACAUACAAGGUGAAAAGACUAAUGUUCGGAGUGAAAAUUGCACCAAAUGUUUGGCAGAGAUACAUGGAUCAAACACUUCAAGGAAUGGAAGGUACAGUUUGUUUUUUUGACGACAUUGCUUUACAAGGACGUACAUUUAUACAAUUACUACAAAGAAUUAGGAAGGUAUUUGACAAAUUAAAAGAAUGUGGACUACACUUAAACAGAGAGAAAUGUCAGUUUUUUCAGAAAUCAGUUACUUACCUAGGACAUACAAUAAAUGAAAAAGGUCUACACCCUACAGAAGAUAAAGUAAAUGAUAUAAAGAAUAGUUCACGUCCAACAGAUGUUUCUUCACUACGCACAUUUUUGGGAAUGAUAAAUUACUACCAACAAUUUAUACCUAACUUAGCAUCAAAACUAAAUCCUUUAUACAAAUUAUUACAAAAAGAUACAAAAUUUACUUGGUCAACAUCAUGUGAACAAGCAUUUCAAGAACUGAAAAAAGAAAUCUGCGGAGAAAAAGUACUUAUACCAUUUCAUGAAAACUUACCUGUCACAUUAGCCACUGAUGCAUCACCAACUGGAUACGGAGCUGUGUUGUCACAUAUUAUGCCGGAUAAAUCAGAACGUCCAAUAGCUUUCGCGUCAAGAUCUCUUACAAAGGCAGAGAAAGGUUACAGCCAGUUAGAUAAAGAAGCCGCAGCAUUAGUUUGGGGACUGAAGAAAUUCUUUCAGUAUUGUUACGGUAGAAAAAUAAUUCUCAUAGUAGACAACCAACCAUUAGCUAGAAUUUUACACCCAGAGAAGGCUACGCCUGCUACAACAGCCAUACGACUUGUACAUUAUGCUAACUUUUUAGCUGGAUUUGAUUACCAGAUAAAACUAAGGAAGACUGCAGAACAUGCUAAUGCCGACUAUUUUUCAAGACUACAACAUACAAAUAAAAAUGAAAAGAAUGAUACACUUACAGAUGACGAAGCUUUCUACUUAAAUCAGAUUUCAGAAAUACCAGUUUCAUUACAAGAGAUAAGGGUAGCUACAGCUACUGACCCGGAACUACAGAAGUUAUAUAUUGAUAUACAAUCAGGACGAGAAGAUAAAACUAGACUACAUGAAUUUUCAUUGCAGAAUAAUUGUAUAUUUUAUGGCAUAAGAAUCGUCAUACCUAAGAAACUACAACCUAAAAUAUUAGAAGAAUUACAUACAGCGCACAUGGGUAUAGUUAAGAUGAAGGCUUUAGCAAGAAGCUAUGUGUGGUGGAAGAACAUUGACAUAGAUAUUGAAAAUAUGGUGAAACAAUGCAAGAGAUGCUGUUUGAUGCGUAAAAACCCGACUAAGGUACCUGUACACAGCUGGGAAUACCCUAAGGAACCGUGGAGUCGUAUUCAUAUUGAUUAUGCCGGACCAUUCAUGAACCAAUAUUUUCUUAUGGUGGUAGAUGCCUAUACUAAAUGGUUAGAAGUUAUACCUACUAAUUCUAUGUCAGCUGCAACAACUAUAAAUAUUCUAAAGAAGUUAUACACUACAUUUGGUUUACCAAUAACGCAAGUCUCGGAUAAUGGAAGACAAUUUAGAUCAGAAGAAAUGCAAAAAUUCUUAAAAGAAAAUGGAAUUCAAGCUAAAUUUACAGCACCAUUUCAUCCUUCUACCAAUGGUCAAGUAGAAAGAUAUGUUCAAACUGUUAAAAAUAAACUUAAAGCAAUGAUUAGUGAAGAGGGAUCUAUACAAGAUAAAUUACAAAGAUUUUUAAUGAUGUAUAGAAAAACACCUAACAGUACUACAGGAUUAAGCCCAGGUGAAAUGAUGUUUAAAAGAAUAUACAGAACAAGAAUUGACUUAGUAAAAAGACCACAGGAAUUAAGAAACAACAGUAAUGAAGAGAUAAUAGUAACCAAGGAAUUUCAAAGAGGAGAGAAAGUUCAAAUUCGAAUGUAUGACAGUAAUAAAUGGAAAUUUGGUAACAUAGUAAAUAGAAAAGGAAAAUUACAUUAUGAAGUGGAAGUAGAUGGAAGAAUACACCAAAGACAUGUAGAUCAAAUCAUAAAGACAUCAUGCUUAGAUAAUAACUUUAGAAUACCAGAUACUUACCUGAUUAAACCAAGAGAAUCAGUGGCAAAUUUAUAUACACCAAAAUUACCUGAAAAAGACCUAUUACCUGGAAAGAACAUACUACCUGGAAAAGACGUACUCCCUGGAAAAGACUUACUCCCUGGAAAAGACUUACUACCUGAAAAAGACCUUACAACUACACAUGCUAACGCUACAAGAAGGGAAUCUAUACCUUACACUGAAACCUCGGAAGUGGACAAGCCAGAGACACCUCAAGCAACUCCAGAUAUACCUCCUACUACACAGGCUGAAAUUGAACCCCGUCGUAGUACCCGGAUUCGACGACCACCAAACCGAUUGAACUUCUAA